UUUACACGACGUCAAAAUUUAUAAAGACACUGUGAAACUGACAGUUGAAUUUGUCAAGAGUUUACGAGAUGUCAAACUAGAGGAAUUGUUACAUGUUGUUUUUGACAUUAGUAAAAAUGAUGUCAAUGUCAGAACGCUGUAUGUGUUGGCGGUUAUGAAGAGUGCGUUUGAUUUUGACAGUGACAUGUCAAGGAAUAUUUUAGGAAGGAAGGAUUGUAUCUUAUUAAAUUGUUUGCUGGGAUUGACAAUCGACCAAAACGACGCAUUCAAAAUGGAGACGAUUUUGAAAAUUUUAGAGGAAUAUUCCGAAGGCAUUUUGGAGCUGAAAUAUAUGGAAGCAAUACAAGUUAUAUCAGACAUAAUCAUAAACUUCACACCAGCAUUAGUCAAAGAACUGCAUAAAAACAUCAAACUAUGUUUUACAUCGCUGAAGAAACACUGGAAAAACACACCAAAGACAAUAACCACCAGCAUUCAGACCUGGCUGAAUACGCUGCCAAUAAAAAAAAUAACCGAAUCCAUAGAACAUGAGCUUUUUACAACCGAACAUCACUCACACAUACAAGCUUUCAACAUUAUGUCAGACAUAUUUGACAUGACCGAACUAUCACCAGAUGUCAAAGUGCAAAUGUCAAAAUGGCCAAAAUAUUUGACGAAGUUAUACGCGUCCGGUAGAUUAGAAGAAUAUUUCUAUGAAGAAAUGUCAUAUUUUACUGACACGCUGACAGUCAGCUUGAAGUUUUUGUCAACAGAAGAUGCCAAGAACAUUUUGAAAGGGGAGAUGCCUAGAAAUGGUAUUUCGUUUGGAGCAUUUUUUAUUGAAGGGUGUUUUGAAGUGUUGACUGAAAAACCUUUUAUCUUGUUGGAAGAUGGCGUAAAGGAAUGUAGCGUUCUUUUGAAUGAUAUAAUAAGGUUGGCUGUGAAGAAAAAUUUAAAACAACGAUAUGGAAAUGUAUUGGAAUUGGUGGAUAAGCUCUGGCCGACGUACGAACAGCACGCGACCUUCGUCCAAAAGCACUGUCUCCUAGCCAACCUACAGUGCCUCGGACCGGGGUCGGAAUCGAACCCACUGCAAUGGGCGAUGCGGGUCGUAUGCUCGCAAGACGCGUCGCUCGACCAACGGACGAAGCUCCUGAGUUUCUUACCCGAGGAGGCAUUCCAGUUACCGGAAGUGAAGGCGUCAGUAUCCUCAUUAUUUCCGGCGCGGCUGAGGGAGCUGCGGCCCGCGCUGCUCGAGGCGGCUGCAGUGCGGCCUGACGCUUUGCUGCCGACUAUCGCCGCGCUUGCAGGCAACGACACAAACACGGGCUGGUGGGACACGGCCCUCGAGUCUUGCGUGGCGGCUUCGGCUAAACGGAACACCGCGGAUUUGUGUGGGACACUGUUCCACAGAUGCCAAGGCGAGAGGGCCUGCGAGCGCGUUUUAGUUCCAUUGCUCAGGUUAGAUAAGAUUCCAGAUAUUUAA